UGUUACAGUAACAUUCUGCAGCUGUGUAUCUGAACCAGACAGGCUGCCGGGGAGAACAGGAGGUUUCCCUGCAGAGACUAAACCCGAGAAAUGAAACUUAAAGAGAUUGUUUACUUUUGAAGCAGGAAGUGAAAUUAAACAAGCUGACGUUCGGCUCUGAGAAGCUGCAGGCGGAGACUAUUUAUUAUCACUGAUUGCUUUUUUCCCUGCAGACGUCGAAAGAUCGGCUUAGUGUAAAGAUGAAGCUGCUUUUCUUGAUGGUGACGCUGAUGACCUUCACCGAAAGGUCACCGCAUGCUUGGCCAGACCCCACCAGAGGUGGUUCUGGAGUCAAUCUGAGCGGGAAGAUGUUCACUUUGUCCAGUUAUUAUGGAAGUUUGGUCUUCUAUUCACCUUAUGAGCUGCCUCCCUGGGCUACUACUACAUCAUACCAAACCGACUCUGCCUCCACACCCAGCUACACCCAAACCAACACAGGAACAACUGAAAUGUCUACCCCUUACACAAAAACCAAAACCCCUGAACCUAUAACUAGAUCUUAUCAACCCACCACUCCACGGGCCACCACUCCACGGGCCACCACUCCACGGGCCACCACUUCACGGGCCACCACUUCACGGGCCACCACUCCACGGCCCACCACUACGACACAUCGGACCACCACUACGACACAUCGGACCACCACUACGACACAUCGGACCACCACUCGGCACCCAUGGACCACAGCUCCUUCCACUAGAGGCGUGUCAGUGUGCUUGCGGUAUGUCACAGACUCUGACAGUGGCUCCAUCUUCACCCUCAGCCCAUCCAGCCAAUAUCUGAGGCUGGAAAUCAGUCGUCCGCAGUUAUACAUGCUGACAUUCAACAAUUACAACACAGUUUACCUGCAACCUUACUUAAAACUCUGGUCUGGUCUGACGCCCAACGUGUGGACCAGCAUCUGCUUCACUUUGGACAACACGAAGGGUGUAGUUCAGAUGUUCAGAGACUCAUACAUGAGCAGCAGGAAGCUGCUGAAUAACCAGUACGUGUGGUCAGGUGAGCGUGUGAUGCAGUUUUCAAACUUUCAAGGUCAGCUCACUGAUGUCCAGGUGUGGGAUUAUCCUCUCCGUUAUCAAGAAGUCCUGUACUACAUGAGCAGUGGUGGCUACGGGUCCUACCAAGGUUCUGUCCUCAGCUGGUCCUACAUCAGCUACUCUCAGACAGGCAGGACGCUGCUGGAGGACGGCUAUGAGCUGCAGAUGAAAAAGCCAAACCGCAAGUGGGAACGAAGAAAUCACCAGAAGGGAGGAUUCAAGCCCAGAAAGGUUUUUCUCUUUGAGGAGAGCAAAAGAGAGCAAUGGAAGAAAGAGAUGUAAUGUUCAAUGAAAUCAUAUUAUACCUUUUUGACCUUUCUAUCUGAACAUUUAAUUUACAUGAAGAUUAAUCAAUUAAUAUUUGCGCUGAUCAAAAAUAUUCUCAAAAUCACAUUACAGUUUUAAUAGUUUAUUUUCCAUCUUUUGUAAUUCAUUUGAACUUUCAACUACAAUAAAGUGAUUUCUAAUUAAAUA